AGUCUACCCAUGUCCGGUCUUUGCUAGAGCAAAAGGACAAAAAGAUAUAUAAAAAUCGCCCUCUUUGCAUCAUACACAGAAGUUCUUGAAUUCUGGAACCAUCACAAAACCUAUGCUGCCUGCAUUAUUUUAUCUUUGUUUAGAUUGGAAAUUGUCCAUUUCUCGAAGGUCUUCUGGAUGAUAAGUCAAAAAGGGGAAACUUCAUAAAAAAAUCAGAAAGCCCACUAUGUCCACAAAUUGUCCCAUCACUCUAUGUUGUCUUGCUAACUUUUGAAUGUUGCACACACGAAUCACCUUUUUAAUCAUUAUUCUUCUGUUUUAUGCUAUAUUUUCUUAUAUUCCUUUCGAUCUAGAUCCUGAAUUCUUGCACCACCCCUUUCCACUUCAUAUUUAUCACAGUUGCUAGCAGAGUCCAGGAUCAAGAAAAGAUCAAAGAACAAACAAGAAAGAAAGGAAAUGGAGGGUGAAAUACAGAACUUCAUAUGGGUAUGGAUUACAGUCUUCAUAUCUUUAUGCUAUUGUUAUGCAAUUGGGAAAUUUAUAUCUAAAGGCACCAAAAGACUACUUUUUAUCCUUCCGGUCGUUUGCUUUUUUCUUUAUCUUCCCCUCAAUCUCUUCUCUCCCCAUCUUGGCGGGACAACUGCAUUUUUCAUUGCUUGGCUUGCUAACUUCAAGCUCCUUCUCUUUGCUUUUGGUAAAGGUCCUUUAUCUUCAGAUCCAUCAAUUUCUCUUCCACUUUUUACUGCUGUUUCUUGCUUACCAAUCAAGAUCCAAAAGGAAAACCCAUCUCCAAAAUCAUAUCAAAAUGGCCAUAACCCUCAAAACUCAUCAAAUCCAUCUCAGAAUAGCCAAAUCAGAGAAGACCCAUCUCCUAGAAAGUUAAGAGAUAGCUUUCUGAACUAUGCAAUAAAGGGUAUACUUGUAGCAGUUAUGGUACGAGUAUAUGAUUACAGCGACCAUAUUCACCCUAGAAUCAUAUUAUUCCUCUAUGCUUUCCAUAUCUAUUUUCUUCUUGAGCUCAAUCUAGCCAUAACUGCAGCCCUGGCUCGAACCCUACUAGGCAUAGAGCUCGAGCCACAGUUCAAUGAGCCUUACCUCUCUACAUCGCUUCAAGAUUUUUGGGGCAAGAGAUGGAACCUCAUGGUCACUAGUAUCCUACGCCCUACCGUAUAUGAACCCACCCGCAACAUUUUCUCACGCGCCAUUGGUCGGAAGUGGGCUACACUCCCAGCUGUUUUCGGGACAUUUGUUGUGUCAGCGCUAAUGCACGAGCUGAUGUUUUAUUACUUGGGGCGCACGACACCGACAGGAGAUAUCUCGGUGUUCUUCCUUUUACAUGGAUUCUGUUUAACGGCUGAGAUUGCAUUUAAGAAAUGGUUAAAUGGCAGGUGGCAGUUGCCAGGACUUGUAUCUGGAAUCCUGACCGUUGGAUUUGUAAUGAGUACUGGAUUUUGGCUGUUUUUCCCAAAUUUUAUGCAUAGUCAGAUUGAUGUUAGGGCGUUUGAAGAUUACGCGACAGUAGUCGCGUUCUUGAAGAAUACGAGUGAAAAUGUAAUGCGUUUUUAGAGGGGCCAUUAACGAUUGUGACGUGUUUGUAAUGUUGACUAUACAAUCAAACUUUUUAGCUCAAAAAUUUUAAAGAUAAGAGCAAAUUAUUUUCAAA